CAUAACUCACGAGAUUUUGGAAACAAUAAACUUGCUCUAUGGCGAGAUUUUCAGUUGGUGAUGUAAUAUUCCAAUGGAAUUAUGUUUAGUUUUGAUAAACUAUAAUUAAUAUUGGAUAUUGUAUAAAGUCAUAAGGAAUAAUGGAUAAAUUGUUGGCAUUCACGAUCUUACUACUCCCGUGUACAUACGCCCGUAUAUCAGUGAUGUACGCACACGAGAAAAUGACGGAUAUGGUCGCUGAACAGUGUCUAGGCGAAAUGUAUCCGAAGGGCAAACGAAUCGAUUUUCAAGAAUCGGACGAGUCUUGUAUUAUAUACUGCGUGUUAAAGAAAUUGGGCAUCAUGAACACUGUUGGACAAAUUAAUAUAGACGUUUAUCGGAAACGCGUGCAACAAGCUCACCAGUUCGAUGGUAGAAGCGUUCCCAAUGAUAAUGGAAGCGCUUGUAUUGAAAGCGCAGAAGCGACGCAACAUAAACAAGACGUCUGUAAGAAGGCAAAAGUGUUUAAUGAUUGUACACAUCUCUACAAAAUAUUAUUUAAAUAAAUAUAUUUAUUUUGUUUUAAAAAUAUCUGUGGAAUUUAAAAUUGUCGUUUUCAAUACACGAAUAUCACUAUGGCCUAUUCCAAUCACAAGAAGAGUUAAGAGAAAUAAACAAAUUUGACGUCGAA